CCCCGGCCUGCCGCCCUUUUCGGCUGCGGCGCCCCACUUCCCGCUUCGGGUGCGUACGCGACGGAGCGGGGUGUGAAGAUGGCGGACGAGGAGGCCGAGCAGGAGAGGUUGAGUCGCGGCGGAGGCGGCUGCGUCGCGGAGCUGCAGCGCCUGGGCGAGCGGCUCCAGGAGCUGGAGCGACAGCUGCGGGAGAGCCGGGUGGCGGCCGUGGACGCGGCCACCGAGUACUGUCAGCAGCUGUGCCAGACCCUCCUUGAAUAUGCAGAGAAAUGGAAAACUUCAGAAGAUCCUUUACCUUUAUUGGAGGUAUACACAGUGGCUAUCCAAAGUUAUGUUAAAGCUCGACCUUAUCUUACCUCUGAGUGUGAAAAUGUAGCAUUGGUUCUGGAACGCUUGGCAUUAAGCUGUGUUGAACUUUUACUGUGUCUACCUGUUGAGUUAUCAGAUAAACAGUGGGAACAAUUUCAGACACUGGUACAGGUAGCUCAUGAAAAGCUGAUGGAGAAUGGCAGCUGUGAAUUGCAAUUUUUAGCUACUCUAGCUCAAGAGACUGGGGUGUGGAAAAACCCGGUACUGUGCACUAUACUUUCCCAGGAACCAUUGGAUAAGGAUAAAGUGAAUGAAUUUUUAGCUUUUGAGGGUCCCAUCUUGUUGGAUAUGAGAAUAAAACAUCUAAUCAAAACAAAUCAGUUAAGUCAAGCAACUGCUCUAGCAAAGCUGUGUUCUGACCAUCCAGAGAUUGGUACAAAAGGUAGUUUUAAACAAACUUACCUUGUCUGUCUUUGCACAUCAUCACCAAAUGAAAAGCUAAUCGAAGAGAUUUCAGAAGUUGAUUGCAAAGAUGCACUAGAAAUGAUCUGUAACUUAGAAUCUGAAGGUGAUGAAAAAAGUGCUCUUGUUUUAUGUACUGCAUUUUUAUCUCGUCAGCUUCAGCAAGGAGAUAUGUACUGUGCUUGGGAACUUACCCUCUUUUGGAGUAAACUACAACAAAGGGUAGAACCAUCUAUCCAAGUAUACCUGGAGAGGUGUCGUCAGCUUUCUUUGUUAACGAAGACUGUAUAUCACAUUUUCUUCCUGAUUAAAGUUAUUAACUCAGAGACUGAAGGGGCUGGACUUGCUACCUGUAUAGAACUAUGUGUGAAAGCUCUUCGCUUAGAAUCUACAGAAAAUACUGAAGUGAAAAUAUCAAUUUGCAAGACCAUUUCUUGUUUGUUGCCUGAUGAUCUGGAAGUUAAACGUGCUUGUCAACUGAGUGAAUUUCUUAUUGAGCCUACAGUAGAUGCAUAUUAUGCGGUGGAAAUGUUAUAUAACCAACCAGACCAGAAAUAUGAUGAAGAGAAUCUUCCUAUACCAAAUUCUCUGCGCUGUGAGCUCUUACUUGUUUUGAAAACACAGUGGCCCUUUGACCCAGAGUUCUGGGAUUGGAAAACCCUAAAACGACAGUGUCUUGCACUAAUGGGAGAAGAAGCAUCCAUUGUGUCUUCAAUUGAUGAAUUAAAUGACAGUGAAGUAUAUGAGAAAGUAGUAGACUACCAGGAAGAAAGUAAAGAAACUCCUGUGAAUGGACUUUCUGGUGCUAACUCUGGCCUUCUUAAAGACAUUGAUGAUGAAAAGCAGAAGAAGAAGGAGAUAAAACAAUUAAGAGAGAGAGGAUUUAUAUCCGCUAGGUUUAGGAAUUGGCAAGCCUACAUGCAGUAUUGUGUGCUAUGUGACAAAGAAUUCCUUGGACACAGAAUAGUACGACAUGCUCAGAAACAUUACAAAGAUGGAAUUUAUAGUUGCCCCAUAUGUGCAAAGAAUUUUAAUUCUAAAGAAACUUUUGUCCCUCAUGUCACACUGCAUGUUAAACAAUCUAGUAAAGAGAGAUUAGCGGCUAUGAAACCAUUAAGAAGAUUGGGAAGGCCUCCUAAGAUCACAACUGCCCAUGAGAACCAGAAGACUAAUAUUGUGGCUAAGCAAGAACAGCGGCCUAUAAAAAAGAACAGUCUCUAUUCAACAGAUUUCAUAGUGUUUAAUGACAAUGAUGGUUCAGAUGAUGAGAAUGAUGACAAAGAUAAAUCUUACGAACCAGAAGUGAUCCCAGUCCAGAAGCCAGUACCUGUUAAUGAAUUUAAUUGCCCUGUAAGUUUUUGUAAAAAGGGAUUUAAGUACUUUAAAAAUUUAAUUGCUCAUGUAAAGGGGCAUAAGGAUAAUGAAGAUGCCAAGCGCUUUUUGGAAAUGCAAAGCAAAAAAGUAAUUUGCCAGUACUGUAGGAGGCAUUUUGUAAGUGUCACUCAUCUCAAUGAUCACUUACAAAUGCACUGUGGCAGUAAACCAUAUAUCUGUAUUCAGAUGAAAUGUAAGGCCGGUUUCAAUAGUUACGCAGAGCUUUUGACCCACCGAAAAGAGCAUCAAGUCUUCAGAGCAAAGUGCAUGUUUCCGAAAUGUGGCAGAAUUUUUUCAGAAGCUUACUUGCUAUAUGAUCAUGAAGCACAACAUUAUAAUACCUACACUUGUAAGUUCACAGGUUGUGGAAAAGUUUAUCGUUCUCAGAGUGAGCUAGAAAAGCACCUAGAUGAUCACAAUACUCCUCCUGAAAAAGUACUAUCUUCUGAAGAUCAACUUAAUUCAUCUGGAGAUUCUGUUCAACUUUGCAAAGUGAAUCAGAGCACAGAAGGGAAUACUGAGAAAGAAAAAUUGAUGCUUCCUUCAGAAAAUAACAUUGAAAACAGCUUACCAGAAGAUAAAAGUGAUAAUUGGGAUAAAAGCAAAGAAAACUCAGCUGUGGCCAAACAAGACCAAAUCUCUGCCUCUGAAUUCAGGCAAGCUAAUGGACCAUUGUCAAAUGGCUUGGAAAGCCCUCCUGCUGCUCCUCUUCUUCAGGCCAGUGAAGUAGCUGUGUCCAUCAAGGUGUCUCUGAAUCAGGGGAUCGAAGAUAACUUUGGAAAGCAAGAAAACUCAAGUGUGGAAGGCACUGGUGAGCCACUGGUCACAAAUUUACAUACACCAGCUGAAGAUACUUGUAAUAAUUUGUGUCAUCCAGGUUUCCAAGAGAGAAAAGAACAGGAUUGCUUUGAUGAAGCCCAGGUUGCUCAGAACUCUUUAGUAAAUUCAGACACCCUCAAAAUAGGUGACCUUAACCCACAAAACUUAGAACAGCAAGUAAACAAUCUGAUGGCCUUUUCUGUGCAAAAUCAGGCAGGAUUUCAAAACAAAUUGCCAACUUCCAAGUUUGAAUGUGGAGGUAAUGUUAAAACAUCAUCCAAUCUUUAUAAUUUACCUCUUAAGACAUUAGAAAGUAUCACAUUUGUUCCAUCACAGCCCAGCCUAGGUAGUUCAUUAGGAACUCCAUCAGUGCCUCCAAAAGCUCCAGUUCAGAAAUUCAGCUGCCAGGUUGAGGGAUGUACUCGAACAUAUAACUCUUCACAGAGUAUUGGGAAACAUAUGAAAACUGCACACCCUGACCAGUACGCUGCAUUUAAAAUGCAGCGCAAAAAUAAAAAAGGUCAGAAAUCUAACAACUUAAAUACACCAAAUAAUGGAAAGUUUGUUUAUUUUUUGCCAUCACAGGUGAGCAGCUCUAAUAAUGCAUUUUUUACACCACAGACCAAAGCCAAUGGGAAUCCUACUUGUUCAGCCCAGUUGCAGCAUGUCUCACCUUCCAUUUUUCCAGCUCAUUUAGCAAGUAUGUCAACUCCAUUGUUGCCCUCAAUGGAAAGUGUCAUAAAUCCAAAUAUAUCUGCUCAGGAUAAAAAUGAACAAGGUGGUGUGUUAUGUUCUCAAAUGGAAAAUUUAACUAAUACUACCUUGCCAGCACAAAUGGAAGAUCUAACCAAAACAGUUUUGCCAUUGAAUAUCGACAGUGGCUCAGAUCCUUUCCUUCCUUUACCUGCAGAAAAUAGUUCAAUGUCUCUCUUCCCUUCACCAGCAGAUAGUGGGACUAAUUCUGUUUUUUCCCAAAUGGAAAAUAAUACAAGUCAUUAUUCCUCACAGAUUGAAGGAAACGUGAAUUCCUCCUUUCUAAAGGGAGGCAGUGGUGAAAAUCCAGUUUUUCCUUCACAAGUGAAUGUUGCAAAUGAAUUCAGUAGCACCAAUACCCAACAAUCUGCACCUGAAAAAGUAAAACAAGACCGUGGACGGGGCCCAAAUGGGAAAGAAAGAAAACCCAAGCACAACAAAAGGGCUAAGUGGCCUGCAAUUAUCAGAGAUGGGAAAUUUAUAUGUAGCAGGUGUUACAGGGCUUUUACUAAUCCCAGGUCACUGGGUGGACACUUAUCUAAGAGAUCUUACUGUAAACCACUGGAUGGAGCCGAAAUUGCUCAAGAACUUCUACAGAAUAAUGGACAGCCUUCUCUUCUUGCCAGCAUGAUUCUUUCCACAAGUGCAGUAAAUUUGCAGCAGCCACAACAAUCUGCCUUCAAUCCAGAAGCAUGUUUUAAAGAUCCAUCAUUCCUGCAGCUUCUUGCUGCUGAAAAUCGCUCAGCAUUUUUACCAAGUACAUUUCCUCGAUCUGGUGUGAGUAACUUUAAUACCAAUGUCAGUCAAGAAGGAAGUGAAAUUAUUAAGCAGGCUCUUGAAACUGCUGGCAUUCCCAGUACAUUCGAGGGUGCUGAGAUGCUUUCUCAGGUUGUUGGAACAGGUUGUGUUUCAGAUGCGGCACAAGUAAAUGCAACAGUGAUGCCAAAUCCAGCUGUGCCACCCUUGUUGCAGACUGUAUGCCACCAAAACACCCUGCUGACAAACCAGAACAGGACACCAAACUCCAAAGCUUCCACUAUCGAGGAAUGUAGCAAUUUGUCUGUUUUUCCAGCAAACAACUUACUACUGAAGACUGUUGAAAAUGGUUUGUCCUCUAGUUCAUUCACUAAUUCUACUGGGCAUUCACAAAAUUUUACUAGUAACAGUUCACGUGUUUCAGUUAUAAGUGGUCCUCAAAACACAAGAUCUAGUCAUCUAAAUAAAAAAGGCAAUAGUGCAUCUAAAAGAAGAAAGAAAACUACUCCUCCACUAAUUGCACCUAAUGCUUCCCAAAACUUGAUACCAAGUGAUUUAACAACAGUGGGACUUAUAGCAAAGAAUGUUGACAUCCCUACUACUAAUCUUCCUUCAAACAUAAUUCCAAAUUGUGAACCUCAGGGUUUGAUGGAAAAUCUAACACAGAAAUUAAAUAAUGUUGACAAUCAGUUGUUCAUGACUGAUGUAAAAGAGAACUUCAAAACCAGUCUUGAGUCCCAUGAAGUGUUGGCCCCUUUAGCAUUAAAAACUGAAAAUGGUGAUUCCCAAAUGAUGACUUUGAAUUCAUGCACAUCUGUGAAUUCUGAUUUGCAGAUUUCUGAAGAUAAUGUUAUACAGAACUUUGAAAAGACUCUUGAAAUUAUUAAAACUGCUAUGAAUUCUCAAAUACUUGAGGUAAAAAAUGGAUCUCAGGGUGCUGAUGAAACAUCACAGAAUCCUCAAAUAAAUUAUAACAUUCAGCUUCCUACAGUAAGCCCUGUGCAAAAUAACAAAUUGCCUGAUUCAUCUCAGUUUUCCUCUUUCAUAAGUGUCAUACCAACAAAAUGUAACAUUCCUCAAUCUGAAGUAUUACAUAAGGAGGAUCAAAUACAGGAAAUUUUAGAAGGCUUACAGAAAUUAAAAUUAGAAAAUGACCUAUCCACUCCAGCAUCCCAGUGUAUAUUAAUAAAUGCAUCAGUGACACUGACUCCUCCUGUUAAACCAAUUUCAAGUGACACAGUUGUUCAGCCAGUUUCUGAAAUGAUACACAUUCAGUUUGCUGACAGAGUCAAUAAGCCUUUUGUGUGUCAAAACCAAGGAUGUAACUACAGUGCUAUGACAAAGGAUGCAUUAUUUAAGCACUAUGGCAAAAUCCAUCAAUACACUCCAGAGAUGAUCCUUGAAAUCAAGAAGAAUCAGUUGAAAUUUGCUCCAUUUAAAUGUGUAGUACCUACGUGUACAAAAACAUUUACAAGAAAUUCUAAUCUCCGGGCACACUGUCAGUUGGUACAUCAUUUUACAACAGAAGAAAUGGUAAAGCUGAAAAUUAAAAGGCCUUAUGGAAGAAAAUCUCAGAGUGAAAAUUUGUCAGCCCCACGAAUUACACAAGUGAAAAAACAGCUAACUGUGGCAGAGGAAAAUAAAACGGAAUUCCAGUCUGCUUUAGAAUUGGGAGCAGAGACACAAAAUGCCCUCAGUAAUGUUGCAGUGAUCUCAGAAAAACAACUUGCAGAAAAAAAAAGUCCUGAGAAAACAGAAAGUCCUCCACAAUUGAUUACAGUUAUUUCUGAACAAUGUAAUACAAAUCCUCUCACAAACAUACAAACCAAAGGACGGAAAAUUAGGAGACAUAGAAAAGAAAAGGAAGAGAAAAAACGAAAGAAGCCAGCUUCCCAGGCCCUUGAAUUUCCAACAAGAUACAGUCCGUACAGACCAUAUCGUUGUGUUCACCAGGGAUGCUUUGCUGCCUUUACAAUACAGCAAAACUUGAUUCUCCAUUACCAGGCCGUACACAAAUCAGAUCUUCCUGCAUUUUCUGCAGAGGUUGAAGAGGAAAGCGAAGCUGGUAAGGAAAGUGAAGAAACUGAAACUAAACAAGCUAUGAAAGAAUUUCGGUGUCAGGUGAGUGACUGUUCUCGCAUUUUCCAAGCGAUUACUGGCCUGAUACAACAUUACAUGAAACUGCAUGAAAUGACUCCUGAGGAAAUUGAAAGUAUGACUGCAUCUGUGGAUGUUGGCAAAUUUCCAUGUGACCAGUUAGAGUGUAAAUCUUCAUUUACAACAUACCUGAAUUAUGUUGUUCAUCUUGAGGCAGACCAUGGCAUUGGAACAAGGACAAAUAGAACCGAAGAGGAUGGCAUAUACAAGUGUGACUGUGAAGGCUGUGACCGGAUAUAUGCCACGCGGUCUAAUCUCCUCCGACACAUUUUUAAUAAGCAUAAUGACAAACAUAAAGCUCAUUUGAUUCGGCCAAGAAAAUUAACAACUGGCCAGGAAAAUAUGUCAAGUAAGGCAAACCAAGAAAAAUCGAAGUCUAAACAUCGGGGAAUAAAACACAACAGAUCUGGAAAAGAAGGAAUCAAAAUGCCUAAGACCAAACGAAAGAAAAAAAGCAAUUUUGAAAACAAGAAUGCAAAGAUUGUGCAGAUUGAAGAAAACAAGCCUUAUUCCCUGAAACGUGGAAAGCAUGUAUAUUCCAUAAAGGCUAGAAAUGAUGCCUUAUCUGAAUGUACAAGCAGAUUUGUAACCCAAUAUCCAUGUAUGAUAAAAGGAUGUACUUCAGUUGUUACAAGUGAAAGCAAUAUAAUUAGACAUUAUAAGUGCCAUAAAUUAUCUAAGGCAUUUACGUCACAACACCGUAAUCUUCUUAUUGUCUUUAAGCGGUGUGGCAACUCACAAGUGAAGGAAGCUUCUGAGCAAAAUGAUAAGAAUGACAUAAAAGGUUCUGACACGCGUGUGUUGUCAGAGAACAAUGAUGACUCAAAAACAACUGUUCCACAGAAGGAAUUUGAAAAAAAUGAAAAAGAUGAAAUGGAUGAGCUAACAGAAUUAUUUAUUACAAAGUUAAUAAAUGAAGAUAGCACAAGUGUGGAGACCCAAGCCAAUACCUCUUCAAAUGUAAAUAAUGAUUUUCAAGAAAAUAACCCCUCCCAGUCAGAAAAGCAAAAGGCAGGUAAUUUGAAGAGAGUUAAUAAAGAAAAAAAUAUCUCACAAAAUAAAAAACGGAAAGUUGAAAAAGACGAACCAGAGUCAGCUGUUGAGUUAAGUGGCACACAGAAAGAGGAAGAAACUGCUGUUGCAAUUCAAACCACUGAGGAGCAUCCUGCAUCUUUUGACUGGAGCUCGUUCAAACCAAUGGGAUUUGAAGUAUCAUUUCUGAAGUUUCUUGAGGAGUCUGCAGUGAAGCAGAAGAAAAGUAUUGACAAAGACCAUCCAAAUAGUGGAACUAAAAGAGGAUCCCAUUCAAACUCAAGAAAAAGCACUGAUAAGACUGCUGUGGCUAGUGGAAAUCAUGUAUGUUCUUGUAAAGACAGUGAAAUCUUUGUGCAGUUUGCCAAUCCCUCUCAGCUUCAGUGCAGUGAUAAUGUAAAAAUUGUUUUAGACAAGACUCUUAAAGAUUGCACUGAGCUUGUUCUAAAGCAGCUUCAGGAAAUGAAACCUACCGUCAGUCUAAAAAAACUUGAAGUACAUUCAAAUGAUUUGGAUAUGUCUGUAAUGAAAGAAAUCAGUAUAGGUAAAUCCACAGGCAGAGGGCAGUACUGAUAACUAAUGUACUAUAGAUACGUCAUUUAUAGUUUUACUUAGGAAGCCAUCAAGCAUGCUGUAAUUGUGAAACUUUUAUUUUUUUUUGUUGACAUGAAUUAACCUGGCCAAAAAGAAAAAAAAAAAAAAACCCAUGACAUUUGUCAUGUAGAACUUUUUUUUUUAUCCCUAUGGGACUUGAGGAACAGAAUUAAUACUUCAGUUAUUGUAAAUAUUUGAGUUAAACCUCAAAUUUCUAUCACCCAAUUGCUCUUUUCAUGAACUAGAUUGAAUUGUCUGUGUGAUUGAUAUGUUUCACCACGUCACUGCUCAUGUAUAACAGUACUCUUUAUUUGUAGAUACCAUUUUUGUAUAUAUUUAUUAUUGUAAAUCAUUUGCUGCCACCAGCAGUCUGUAAGUCUAAACUAUUAAAUGAUACAUUUAUAUUUGGAAUUUUAAUUUUUAACUAAGUGAUCAAGUUUUUAAAACUUUUAUUGUUUUAAAUUAAGAACUUUUUGAACUAAAAAUAGAAACUCUGCCAUAGUUCAUUGAUUUUUUUUUUUUAGAUGAAACAUUUAUUUACAAGAUGAUCUCAAGGUUAUGUUUCACAAAGUUAGGCAUAUUACAUCAACACUUUGCUCUGCUUUGUAAAUUCACCAUCCAGGAUUUUUGGAUAGUAUGUGAAAUUAAAAGCAGAUUAUUUAGUAGUUUCCUAUAGCUACACAUUUUUCUUUUUUCCAUUGCUUCUGAUUGGAUAUAGUUACUAUGAGUCCAUGAAAUAUAAUGGAAAUGUGAAUAAAGAAUUUACUACAUUGAAGAUUUUAAACAUUGGUAUUUAAAAAAAUCCUUUGUGAAUGUGAUAGAAUCUAGUAGUGUGGAGCAGUGUAAAUAUUUGAGGUGGUGAUUUGUGAAGUAGCCCAGUAUUGCCUUAAAUAAAAUCACAUUUCAUUUCUUAUUUUAUACAUGUGAUCUUAUAAAGGUUUUUUUCCUCCAUUUUCUGAGGUUUAUAGAUUGGUGUAUAGCUUUAAACUGUAUAAACUUUUGUGGGAAGAAUUUUUUAAACAUUUUUAUAAAUCUUAAAAUUGGUAUCAUCAAAGUGAGCCCAUCUUGUGUUUAUAAAAUACAAGAAUCCUUAACAUUUAUAAUUACAUAGAUGAAACACUUUCUAUAAGGAAGUUGGAUGUUUUGAUUUUACUGUUUAUAGAUGUUAGAUUGUACAGAUUUGUCUGUAUUUUCUCACCAUAUCUAAUGAUACUUUUUCAUUAGAUCAGUCUUCAAGAACAGUAUUAGUUCUAAUUGAUCAUUUUGAUUAUUCACUAUAUAGUUCUUAUAGGUUAGCUUUAUUCACCAUAUUUAUACUGUGGAUUUAUGGCCAGAGGUAGAGGUUAUUUUAGGAGAGUCAGUGACCAUUUAAAGUCCAACUAAAAUCAGUCCUGGAAACAAAAGAAGACAUCUUUUGAAUAUUUACUUUUGUUUUUGUUUGCCAUAAAUAGAAGCAUUGGUGUUUUGCCUUGUGUUAUUAAAGCAGUUGCAUUCACAAUA